GGAAGAGAACAGUUUCUGCAGACGAGGCAGCCACGCAAAAGCCACGACGAAACCAACACCAAGGCGUUGCUUCCCGGUUCACACUACCUCACUUGCCUUCCCUUCCACAUGGCCGCCGCUUCCCUCUCCCCUCCCCUCCACGCGCGCCUCCUCCCCCUCCUCCCAAACCGUAGCCCCUGUCCCAACCCCGCCGCCCCGGCCUCCCCAGCGAGCGGCGCCCGGCGAAGUCCGCAGGGCCGCCGCCGCUUCGCGACGCCGCCGUCGCGGAACGGGAGGUCGCCGGAGACGGAGUGGUGCCCCGUGCCGCCGGAGCAGCGGCCCGUGAACGAGUACGAGGCGCUGGCGGCCUCGCUUCCGUUCUCCUGGGCCGCCGGCGACCUCCGCGUUUACUGCUCCCGCCUCGCGCUCACGGGCGCCGCCUUCGCGCUCUUCGUUGGGCUCCCCGUGGCCGCCUUUGGCGGGCGCGGUGGGACCGGAGGGGACAGCCUUCACCUCGCGCUCGGGGCCACAGGGUCCGGGAUCCUCGCCGUCACGCUCGCCGUGGUGCGGAUGUACCUCGGGUGGGCCUAUGUCGGCAACCGCCUGCUCAGCGCCACCGUGGAGUAUGAGGAAACGGGAUGGUAUGACGGGCAGAUAUGGGUUAAAACCCCAGAAGUUUUAGCUCGUGAUCGUCUUCUAGGUUCAUUUUCUGUCAAACCUGUGUUGAACAGAGUGAAGUUCACCUUAGUGGGUCUGGCUGUCUCCCUGAUUUUUUGCAUUCUUCGUUACAUCAACGCUGAAAAUCCAAAGGAACCGUAUGACAAUAACGGCGGAAGGGCUAUCCCUGGAGUUUAUAGUGAUACUGCUGCGAGGUCAUUUGAGCCUGAUGCGUUCUGUGGGGAACCUGAUCUGUCGUAACAAUACGAGGCAUGGAGGAUGCUUGCGUCCUUUGUGGUGUUAGUGCCUAGUAGGGGAGGGCACAGGAUUGAAAAUACAAGUAUAUAACACAGGCUAUAGGUAUUUCAGUGCAAAUGCGGAAUAUGGUCACAGGAUGUAUCAGUUUCAUCUUGUAUACCCAUUGUAAAUGGUGGAUGCUUCCAUUGCUGCACGGGUUAUUGAAUUUUGUGAUGAUCCAUCAGGGAUAUGUAAAUAUUUGACCAUAGGCUUGUACUUUAGACACAAGUUCUUGCAAGAAUUAUGCUGCUCGGCCCGAAAUGGAAGGGCUAAAUUGCACAAGGUUUUGACUGUU